GACACAGGAUUCAGUAUGUCAUUUUUUAAUUUCCGUAAAAUAUUUAAAUUGGGAGCUGAGAAGAAGAAGAAACAAUAUGAACACGUCCGCAGAGAUGAAAAUCCAGAAGAAAUAUGGGACAUUGUUGGUGAAUUGGGAGAUGGAGCCUUUGGGAAAGUGUACAAGGCUCAGAACAAACAGACGGGCAUCCUAGCUGCCGCCAAAGUUAUUGACACAAAGACUGAGGAGGAGCUGGAGGACUACAUGGUGGAGAUUGAUAUCCUGGCCUCCUGCGACCACCAAAACAUUGUCAAACUGCUUGAUGCUUUCUAUUAUGAUGGCAAACUCUGGAUUCUCAUUGAGUUCUGCGCAGGAGGGGCUGUGGACGCUAUCAUGCUCGAACUGGAGAGAGCCCUCACAGAGCCUCAGAUCAGGGUGGUGUGUAAGCAGACUCUGCAGGCCCUCGUCUACCUCCAUGACAACAAAAUCAUCCACAGAGACCUGAAGGCCGGCAACAUCCUCCUCACACUGGACGGUGAUGUUAAGCUGGCUGACUUUGGCGUGUCUGCCAAAAACACCAAAACGCUGCAGAGGAGAGACUCCUUCAUUGGAACACCUUACUGGAUGGCUCCAGAAGUGGUUAUGUGCGAGACGUCAAAGGACCGUCCAUACGACUUCAAGGCAGAUAUCUGGUCCCUCGGGGUCACCUUGAUUGAGCUGGCACAGAUUGAGCCGCCGAAUCAUGAGAUGAACCCUAUGAGAGUCCUGCUGAAAAUAGCCAAGUCCGAUCCUCCAACCCUGAUGCAGCCGUCACGCUGGUCCCCAGAAUUCAGUGAUUUCUUAAAGCGGUGUCUGGACAAGAAUGUAGACAACAGGUGGACUGCGACACAACUCCUACAGCAUUCGUUUGUGUCCAGUGUGACGGACAACAAACCACUGAGGGAGAUAAUAGCUGAGGCGAAGGCUGAGGUCACCGAGGAGAUAGAAGAGCACAAAGAGGAGGAAGAGGAGGAAGACACAGAAGCACAUCUGGGUCACAAACGCGCUCCGUCUGAUGUCAGCGUUGCCAGCUCUGAGGAUGAGAAGAUCCCCCUCUCUCCUUCAAUAUUGGAAUCAGUCCCUGAGAAGGUUGAGCCAGCUCUACCCGUGCCCACACCCAGUGAGCUCCCUGUGGACAACCAUGUGGUGGACACUAGCUUUGUAGAGGAACCCCCUGCCCCAGCAGCAGAAGAGCAGACAGAGGAGACUUCAAACACUCCAGUGGAGGAUGAAGAGAAAGAAGAGAAACCGGUGGAAGAUAAGCUUCCGGAGGUAGAUGUUGCCUCACCAGAACCAGAGACUGAACCACAGGCACCUGUUAAAGACAUGGAGCAGCUGGAGAUAUCUGUUGAGGAUGAAAAGGAAGUGGACACAGCCGAGGUUCCAGCCAAUUCAGAGACCACCACAGAGAGUUCAGAGAUCACCGAGGCUCCUCAGGAGGAAAAGACGCCCGUUGAGGAGGAAUCAAAAGCACCAGAGGAGGAGGAGGAGGAGGAAGAGGAGGAAGAGGAGCCAUACAAACAUCUCAAGAUGACUCUGACACUACCAGGGAAGGAUGAAGUCGUCUCAAAAGAGCAGAAUGGAGAGAAGCCCAAAGAAAAGGAUGAAACAAAUGCAGAUGAGAAGACUGUUCCAGAUAAGGCUAAGGAUGACAAAGAGAAAGAUUCAGAUUCGGGAAGCGGCUCUGCUGCAGAUAAUAGCAGUGCAGACCUGAAUCUGUCUAUCUCAAGCUUUCUGUCCAAAACAAAAGAGCCUGGAUCUGUUUCCGUACAGGACACCAGGCGUCAGAAGAAGACACUGAAAAAGACACGCAAGUUCAUCGUGGAUGGAGUAGAAGUUAGCGUGACUACAUCAAAGAUCAUCACUGACAAUGAUACCAAGAACGAGGAGAUGAGAUUCCUGAGGCGCCAGGAGCUGAGGGAGCUGCGUCUCCUGCAGAAAGAGGAGCAGAGGGCCCAGCAGCAGCUCAGCAACAAGCUGCAGCAGCAAAAAGAACAGAUCUACCGGCGCUUUGAACAGGAGACCACGAGUAAGAAGCGUCAGUACGACCAGGAGGUGGAGAACCUGGAGCGGCAGCAGAAGCAGACCAUCGAGAGGCUGGAGCAGGAGCACACCAACCGGCUGCGGGACGAGGCCAAACGCAUCAAAGCUGAGCAGGACAAAGAGCUGUCCAAGUACCAGAACAUGCUGAAAAACCGCAAGAAGGAGGAACAAGAGUUUCUUCAGAAGCAGCAGCAGGAUCUAGACAGCGCUCUGAAGAAGAUCAUCCAGCAACACAAGCAUGAGCUCGCCACCAUCGAGAGAGACUGCCUCAACCACAAGCAGCAGCUUCUCAGAGCUCGGGAAGCUGCCAUGUGGGAGCUGGAAGAGCGCCAUCUGCAGGAGAAACACCAGCUGUUCAAACAGCAACUUAAAGACCAGUACUUCAUGCAGAGACAUCAGCUGCUGAAAAGACACGAGAAGGAGAUGGAGCAGAUGCAGCGCUAUAACCAGCGUCUGAUUGAGGAGAUGAAGAACAAGCAGACACAGGAGAGAACCAGACUGCCAAAGAUCCAGCGCAGCGAGGCCAAGACCCGCAUGGCCAUGUUCAAGAAGAGCCUUCGCAUCACCGGAGCUGCCAUCACCCCCGAACAGGAGAGGGAGAAAGUCAAACAGUUUGCUGCUCAGGAAGACAAGAGACAGAAGAACGAGAGGCUCCACCAGCAUCAGAAACAUGAAAACCAGAUGAGAGACCUGCAGCUGCAGUGUGACGCCAACAUCCGAGAGCUUCAGCAGCUGCAGAACGAGAAAUGCCACCUGCUAAUCGAACAUGAGACCCAGAAGCUGAAGGAGCUGGACGAGGAGCACAGCCUGGAGCUGAAGGAGUGGAGGGAGAAACUACGACCCAGGAAGAAGGCCCUGGAGGAGGAGUUUGCCAGGAAGCUUCAGGAACAGGAAGUGUUCUUUAAGAUGAGCGGAGAGUCGGAGUGCCUUAACCCCUCCACCCAGAGCCGCAUCUCCAAGUUCUACCCGAUCCCCAGCGUCCACUCCACUGGUUUCUAGAAGAAACCUGCACACUUACAGACACACAAACACAAACACAAACACAAACACAAACACACACAGACACACACACACACACACACACACACACACACACAAUCUGGACUGUAAAGACUGAGCCUGUGCUGCCUUCCCUUCAUGCUCUGACUUCUAUCAGAGGAUGUAAGAGGCUUCUAUGUCUCUGGACUCCAGUGUUUGUUCCUCAGUCUGCAACAACAAGACCCUCACUCUAAUAUAUACUCGCAAUGUCAGAGUCAUUAUGAAGGAGAUUUUCAGAUUGAGUGUUUCGGUCAUAACCUCAAAACCACUAAAGUGAAGUAGCUCUCUGUCCGACCUUCAUUUAUCAUUGAAUUAUUUUAUAAAGAAUCCAGUGCCUGUAAAAUUUGAUGUUUUGGGCUUUUAAAUCCAAGCAAUUUCUGAUAAUUAUUUGCUGCUCAAUUUUUCUCUGGUUUAGACAUUUGCACUAAAGAAAGCAUAGCAUUUUUAUACCACUUAAACAUAAUGUUGUUAACUUAAUUUGGUUAAAUCUCCAAUAGCAACUGUUUCAUUUCUAGUUGAUCAUAAAAUAGAAUGUAUUUCUCAUAAAGGAGAUGGAGCACAUUUUUAAUAUUGCUCUUGUUGAAGGUUUGAUGAUACUAUAUAUUUUUAUGAAAUCAUACAUAUGUGUUAGAAUUUUAGGUUUAGAUGCAUUUUGAAAUAAAAUGUCUAGUUUAGGAAGUUUUUCCUGCAGAAAAUGAUUCCUUCCAUCCUUCAGGGUUUUUCUUCAGAAUGCCUUUCUGUCUCAAGACUUGAGACUCAAGCAGUAAAUGGUGGAAACCAUUAUUUUCUUUGUUGCAAACAGUGCAGGAGGUGUAGAGAUGGUGUUUACAUUCAGAGACAAAGAAUCACUGUUAAUUGACACUAAGGAAUUACUGUGGUGUCACAGGAAAAAGACUGCCACUGUUUUUACCACUGAACAAGCAUUUAUGUACCUGUUUGUUGGUCUGGUCUGUCACACCGCUAUCCAUUACUGUCAUGUCUCUAUAGGAGCAUUAUUCAGGGAUGGAGAAAGGAUGCAACAUUUUUUCAUUGGAAAAUAUAUAAUUAUAUGAAAAAAAUUCCAACUACAAACAGCUUUCUUUUUAGCUGGGUUGUGAUGCAUCUUUGUAUUUUCUUUGGUUUUCUUCCUCUGCCACCUCAUAAGGUAUUUUGCUACCAGAUGUAUCAUGGGUAGGCCUGCAUGGCUUUCAUUUUCUCUUUUUUAUUGAAAUGAUAAUACUGUUUUCAUUGUCAUGCUAGCUAAUAGCCUUAAUACUUCAGAAAAGCUGAAUGGACAUACUGUAUACCUGUUAAAGAUGUUGGUCUUUGCUCUUUGUUUUAUGAAGAAUAUUAACACUUUCAGAAUGAUUUCAUUCAACAGACUUUAUUGCAUCUGUAUUCAUAGAAACAAAAAGAGAACCUGAGCUCUUAGCAUGUGUUUUUUAUUAUUUAGGCUGAUCUAUUAUGAAUUUAGCAUAAAGUUUGAUGCAGUUGAUGCAAAACAAAAUGGACCUGACUGGUUUAGGCCAUCUUGACUUCUGAUUGGUUCAUUUUAUCAUCUCAUUUUCUUUGUAAUUGGCUAGUGAGAGUUACGGUUAGUAAAAGGUAUUUAAUAACGGAGCUGUUAUGUACAAAAACACAAUGAAGGAGUGCUGUGCACCUUUUUACAAAAUGAUACUCAGUAGCUAUUUAUAUGAAAAGCUGUCGUGCACACUGCAGUGUCUGUGCUGCUGCUCAUUCUGCUUAUUCAGAGGUCUGCCGCAGUCUUUAAAACGAUGAAAAAUAUAAUCACAAAAUCAGUCCUGUCAGCUAGAUUCUUAGACAAAUUUAGUAAAAUGAUUCAAUUCUGAAUGUUGACUGAAAAAAACAUAUCCAUAUCAAAGCAUUAUGCAUUUUUUAAAAACAAAUGUAUAGUUUUAGGAUGCCUGUGUAAUGUAGAUUUUCAUUUUGCUGUAAAUAAACAAUUUUCUCUUUA